AUGGAGUCACCCUUGGCAGUCCUCGCACUGGCGCUGGCCAACCUCGCCAUAGCCUCACCAACGCCACUCGAUAAGCGCGCCGAAAACUGCGAGCAAUAUGGCAGCGUCCAGACUGGCGAUUACACAUUCUACAACAACCUGUGGGGUCAAGCUCAAGCCACUUCUGGACAGCAAUGCUUCGGCGUCACUGGGCUCACCAACAACCUGCUAUCCUGGGCAACGACAUGGUCCUGGCUGGGCGAUACCUCCGUCAAGUCAUACGCAAAUGCCGUCCUUGGAUCCUUGGUCACAUCACCAAAGCAACUUGCAACAGUCUCGUCGUUGGACUCAGAGUGGUCUUGGACAAAUGAGGGCAGUGAUGUUGUGGCAGAUGUUGCAUCCGACUUGUUCACUUCAUCCUCCGCCGAAGGUGAUGAGGAGUUUGAGAUCAUGAUCUGGCUUGCCGCUCUGGGCGAUGCCGGGCCAAUCUCAAGCACAUACGGCGCUGACGGCGAUCCCACCGCACUGGCAACAACCACCAUCGCGGGCACAGACUGGAGCCUGUAUAAGGGUCCUGAUGGGCAGAUGACAGUGUACUCCUUCGUUGCGCCAAGCGAUGUGAAUGCCUUCAGUGGCGACCUCAUGGACUUCUUCGACCACUUGGUCCAGCAGCAGGGUUUCUCAACCAGCCAAUAUCUCAUCAGCGCCGGCGCUGGAACCGAGGCAUUCUCUGGCAGCGACGUUACCUUUACCACUUCUGCAUACAGCUUGACGGUAGCAUAG